GGCAGCAGGCUGGAAGGACUUCCCAGCUUGGAGUGGUUGGCAAACACGGCUGUGCCAGCGAGGGCCACGCUGGGAGCUCAGUGCCUGCUCUGCCCUCCCCGCCGUGCCCCGCGCCCUGCUGCCAGGGCAGACGUUGGAGGGGGUCACCGCCAGCAGCUCUUCUCCGUCCCCCAGCAGGUGACAUGUGAAGGCAGUGCCCAGCCUGGGGAGUGGCAGCAGCUGAGAUGCAUUCGAGCCACAGCAAUGACCCCAAGGAAGCCAUUCAGCUGAUCAAGAGGCAGCUGGUGAGUGCCAUCAAGGCCCUGCAGAAGCAGUACGCCACCUCGGACGCCGUCGUCACCAGCGACGAUGGCAACGCCAACGCGCUCUGCAGCGCCCUGGAGGCCGUCUUUGUGCAUGGGCUGAAGGCAAAGCACAUCAAGGCAGAGAGUGGGGGCAAAGGGAAGAAAGCAGGAGGUCGAGGACCGCUUCCCCAGCCUGUCUUCUGGGGUCUGCUGAAGAGCAUCACCCACCGGAACAUCGUGUCGGAGCUGGAGCAGCUGCUGUUCAUCAGCACGGACGUGGGGCGGUGCCGAGCCUGGCUGCGCCUGGCGCUCAACGACGGCCUCCUGGAGUGCUACCUGAAGCUGCUGCUGCGCCACAGCUCUCCCCUGCCCGACUACUACCAGCCCAGCGCCCUGCUGCUGGACGCCGAGGAGUGCGAGGUCCUCCUCAGCUACCUGCAGGGCUUGUCCUCCCUCACCUUCCAGCUCUCCUACAAGUCGGCAGUCCUGAACGAGUGGACUGUCACCCCGCUGUCCCUCUCGGGGCUGUGUCCCUUCUCGGAGCUGCCGGAGCCCCUCGCCGGCCCGGAGCCGCUCCCCGGCCCGGAGCCGCUGCGGAAGGCGUCGCUGGGCUCCAUCUCGCAGUCCUCGGGCUCGGACGAGAUCGAGAUUCAGCCCUCCUCGGUCCUGCCCAUCGGCAAGGCCGGCAGCAAGCCCAAGCUGACGUCGUCCUCGCUCAGCCUCAACACCACCAGCUCGUCGCAGCUCUCCUCCAGCCUGGGCUCCGACGGCCUCCUGCCGGCUCCCUGCGCCCGCAGCCCCGAGCGGGCCGAGGAGCCGCUCCCCUGCGACUCGGACCUGGGCACGGCGGCCAGCCAGCACCUGGACAGGUCACUGCGAGAGAGCAGCAGAGGCAGCAGCGAGACGAAUGCAGCGCUCCGCAGCCCCACGGCCCAGAGCCUCCCUUCUCCCCUGCUGGGGUGUCCAAAAGGGAAGAGCUGGAUCUCAGAAGAUGACUUCUACAGACCUGCUCUGGGCGACAGCAGCGAGAGCACAGCCAACAUCAACGGCUUUGGGCCUGAGGGAGCUGAGGAGGGGCUGGCCCCGGGGCUCAUCAGUGCCCUCGACCUGGAAAGGCUCUCAGUGCCCUCCUCAGAGAGUGGGAAGCCCAAAGCAUCCCCUGAGCGGGAGCAGAAGGGCUUCAGCGUGGUGCACCGCAGGCAGAUGGGCCUGUCCAACCCCUUCCGCGGGCUGCUGAAGCUGGGCAGCCUGGAGCGCAGGGGGGCCAUGGGCAUCUGGAAGGAGUUCUGCUGCGAGCUGUCCCCGCUGGAGCUGAGGCUCUUCCUGGAGCAGCCGGAGCGCAUCUGCGCGGAGAGCUACUCCCUGCUGCGCUGCGAGGCGCUGGCGCUCACCCACGCCGACGGCCGCUUCGAGCUGGUCUUCCUGGGCAAGAAGCUCUGCCUGCGAGCCGCCUCCCGCGACGAGGCCGAGGACUGGCUGGACAGGAUCCGGGAGGCGCUGCACAAGUGCCGGCCGCAGCUGGAGGAGGAGGAGUGGGAGACGGUGGAGUGCCGCCCGGAGGAGGGCGGCGAGGGCCAGCCCCCGCUGGGCGACUGCGGCGCUGCCCCGCAGCACGCCGAGGCGCCCGCCGGCAGCCUGGACUGGGCUGCGGCCCCCCAGCCCGAGCUGGAUGCCAUCAAAGAGGCUGUGCUGUACCUGGAGCUGGACAGGAGCUGGGUGCCCUUCGUUUUCUCCCUGUCUCUGGAGACGCUGAAGUGCUUUAAGGUCCGGAACAAUGAGAAGGUCUUGAGCAACAGCUACGGCAUCGAGACCAUCCAGGACAUCCUGCCGGACAGCAGCCUCGGGGGCCCUGCCUUCUUCAAGGUGAUCACCUCCAAAGCUGUGCUGAAGCUGCAGGCUGAGAGCGCCCAGGAGGCAGCCUCCUGGAGGGAGCUGGUCCGAGAGGUGCUGAUGGCCUACCUGGAGAGCGCCGAGGAGGCAGUGACCCUGGCUGGCAGCCUGGAUGGGCACUGCCAGGUCCUGCUGAAGAGCAUGGUGAAGGAGAACGGCUUCAUGCUGCAGUACCUGGUGGCCAUCCCCACUGAGAAGGGCCUGGACUCUCAGAGCUUCAUCUGUGCAGGCUGCUCCAGGCAGAUUGGCUUCUCCUUCGGCAAGCCCAAGCUCUGCGCCUUCUCCGGGCUCUACUACUGCGACAGCUGCCACCGGGACGAGGAGACGGUGAUCCCCUCGCGCCUCAUCCACAACUGGGACCUGGCCAAGCGCGGGGUUUGCAGGCAGGCUCUGAAGUUCCUCACCCAGAUCCACCACCAGCCCCUGAUUGACCUGAAGCUGGUCAACGAGAGCCUCUACGACCACGUGGAGACGAUGCGCAGGAUCCAGCGGAGCAGGGAGCAGCUGAAGCUGCUGGGAGACUAUCUCAUCAUGUGCCGCAGUGGGGCCCUGAAGGAGCUCAGCAAGAGGCUUGAUCACAGGCACUACCUCCUGGAGUGUCCCCACAAGUACAGCGUCGCCGACCUGAGGCAGAUAGCCGACGGAGCCUUCGAGAGCUUCCUGCACUCCCUGCUCCAGUUUGCCUCCCACCACGUCUACAGCUGUGACCUCUGCACCCAGCGGGGCUUCAUCUGCCAGAUCUGCAACAGCAGUGACAUCAUCUUCCCCUUUGAGUUUGACACCACCACCAGGUGCAGUGAAUGCAAAACUGUCUUCCACCGGGAGUGCCAGGCCCGGGCCCGGUCGUGCCCGCGCUGCGAGCGCCGGCAGCGCUACCAGCGGCAGCUGCAGGCGGAGGCCGGCCUGGAGCCCAACCUGUAGCCCCCGGGGGCCGGCUGUGACGCUGCCCCUGGCAUCUCCUCCAUCUGCACAAGCAUCGA